AUGGCUCAUGCUGUAAUACGAGCAUCAUCUCAGACUUUGCUAAAUGUAAUAUCAGCAUUAAAAAGUACACUUUCCACAUCAAAUCGUCGACAAGACAUCUCUCUUUUACAAGAAUGGCUUGAAACAUCAAGAACAUCUUUUGAUUGGUUAAGAAAUUUAUGGUUUUAUACAGAUAUUGAAAUUCGUGUUACAUCCUAUGCAUUGACAGCAAUGUUUAUUGCUGAUGAAUCUGGUCGUGAUAUACUAUUUUCAUCACAAAAUAGACUCGAAGAAGCACAAUUACUUGCAAUUAUUCUUGAUGAAGAUGAAUGUAGUUUUGUUAAAGAACAAGUAUGUAAUGUAUUAAUCAAUUUAACUUAUACAUUAAUUGAUGAUGAAGUUAAAUUGGCAACAGGAAAUGCAAUUGUUACUCUUCCGGAAUUAGUAUCCGCCAUAAAUGAUUGUGAUUUUAUGCAACGAAUUGGUUCAAGUGUUUUUUCAAAUUUAUAUUCAUUUGUUGCACUGGAUUUGGAUGCGCUUCGAAUGAAUCAAACAACAUCAUCACCCGUUUCACCUUUAUUUCUAGGAAAUUUAUGUUCAUUUUUAUUUAAUUUAAAUAUGCUUGGAAUUAAUAAUGAUACAAUGAAUUUAAUUAAAUUACUUCUCUCUUUUCUUGAUGUUCGUCCAUUAGAAUCAGAAAUGAAUAAAAAUGUAACAUCACAUGAAUAUCAUUUAUUUCUUGAUAAUAUGUUUUAUAUGUAUACAAAAAUUGCUCAAUAUUUACGACUUGUUUUUGAAUCAAGUAUUGAUAUGAUUAAUGAAAUAUUUAAUAAUGAAAAUUUAAUUCAAAUUAUAUCUCUUCUUGCUUAUUUUCCUGAAAAUAAUAAUGAUCGAUCUGAAAAUUUUUGGCAAACAAAAAUUAAUCUUGCUCAUUUAAUUAUUCAUAUAUUACUUCAACAAUGUUCUUCAUUACAUCAAUUAACAAAUAAUACAAUUGUUCAAUUUGCAUCAGAACUUUUUAGUAUUAUUACUUUGCCAUUACAAACAAUGAUUAAUGGUUCGAUUAGUGUUACUAUAUCUAUAAUAUUACAAUUAUUAGCAUUAUCAAUAGCACAAUGUACACUUGAUCAAGAAAAAGAAAUAUGGAAAAUUUUUUUUGAUCAAUCGUCAGAUAAAAAUGGAAUAAAAAUUUUUAAUCAAUUAUUAUUAAUAUAUGAAAAUCGACUUAAUACAGAAUCAAAUGAUACAUUGAAAUUAACUGUAUCAAAUAUGAUUAAAUCAUUAUUAAAUAUUAGCAUAACAGCUAAACAAGAAGCAAUCGAAAAAGGUUUUAUUGAAUCACAAAUAGAUCAUCUUAAACGUAUUCAAACAAAAUUAACACUUUUCUCACUUCAAUCUGAUAAAUGUGUGAGCAAAGAUGAUGCAUUAAUUGAUGAGUGUGUUCAAGUAUUAUCUAUUCUUAACAAUUUAUCAUUUGAUUGUUCUUCUGCUAAAGAUAUUCUUUCUUCAAGUGGUUUAAUUCCAUUUCUUCAUCAACUUUGGUGCUGGGCUAUUGUCGAUGUUCAAUUACUAAAUGUUCUUCUUCUUCUUCUGACAACACUUACUGCAAAACAUCGAAAAGGUUGUGUUAGUGUAUGUAGUACGAUUCUUCCAUCAACAAAUUCAUUUGUUGUUCAAACACCUGAUCAGCAACGUCCAUUAUCAAAUUUACUUUCUUAUGUUCUUCGUCUUAUAACGAAAGCAUCAUUAUCAUCUGUAGCUAAUAAUAAUAAUACUAGCAAACAUCAAACAAUUGAAAUGGCAUUUGAUGUUAUACAAAAUUGUUCGCUUGAAAUUGAAGGACGCAGUAUUGUGUAUAAAUCAAAUUUUUUUCAAUUAUUUAUUGAUCAUUUUGAGCGUGUAUCACGUGAUAUUAAUCGACAUGAUCGACGUUUUCUUGAUGUUAUUAUUAAUGUAUCAUUUAUUACUGAUGGACAAACUAGUUUACUGAAAAGUCCUGAAAUGUUUGCCAUUAUAAUUCGUCUUGCUCAAUCAUCAUCAUCUGCUAUUUUACAACGUCAAGCUCUUCUGAUUCUUCGCAAUUUAGCCUUUUCUUCUACUCAUAAAGCAAGGAUUGUAGCUGAAACUAAGUAUAUUCCAACAAUAAUGUCAUACGUUGUCUCAAAAACGUCCGAUACAGCUUAUAUAGGACUAACUGCUUUGUGGGCACUGAUUGUCGAUGCUCAAAAAGGUAAAGUAGCUGUUCGAAGUAGUAAUGUGCUACCAGCUUUGUUCGAUGUCAAAACUCAACAACGGAACAAAGAAAAUCUUUUAUGUUAUCAUGCUGUGUCAAAUGUUAUUCAAUUAUUAACAGAAGAUUAA